GUGUUUAAAACACGGGGCUCCCACGGACACGCAGACAACCUGGGACACUUCCUGCCUGGACCUUCAUCAUGGGAGUCAUCAUCUCACAGAUCUUCUCCAGGUUCAUCUCCAAGACUCCGGUCAGGAUUCUAAUGGUGGGUCUGGAUGCUGCAGGGAAAACCACGCUGCUGUACAAACUGAAGCUGGCUGAGGUGGUCACCACCAUCCCGACCCUCGGUUUCAACGUAGAGACGGUGGAGUAUAAAAACAUCAGUUUCACCGUUUGGGAUGUUGGUGGUCAGACCAUCAUCAGACCGCUGUGGAGACAUUACUACACCAACACACAGGGUUUGAUUUUUGUGAUCGACAGCAGCGAUUCUGAGAGGAUUAAAGAGGCUGCAGACGAGCUGCACAGGCAGCUGGAGGAGGAUGAGCUGAGGGACGCUCCGGUUCUGGUUUUUGCUAACAAACAGGACUUACCUAGAGCCAUGUCGGUCGAUGACAUCACACAGGCUCUCAGCCUAUGAGGAGUCCGGCAGCCGUGGUUCGUCCAGUCGUCCUGUGCCGUCAGCGGCGCCGGUCUGGUGGAGGGACUGGACUGGCUCUCCGACCGGAUCCUGAAGAAGUAGCUGCUGCUGAGAUGCUCUGAUUUCUGACGUUCCCACUGAGUCUUUGAAGGCACCAGGCGGCCGCUGGCGCCGUUUACCUGGAGAAACCUGAAGGAUCUUCUGUAAAAUGUCCAAACCUGUAAACUAUUGCACUUUUUCUCUGGAAAGAGACAACCAGAAACUAAUAGUUUUUUUUUUUUCUUUGAAUUUGGGUUUGGAAUAGUUGAGAUAUUUGCAUAUUGCUGUAAGAUUUCAUAUUAUUCUGAUGGUUUUUGAUUCUUCCUAUAACAUUUUCAUUACAGUCACCAGUUGUUUAUUUUGGGUGCUUUUACAACAGGUUUUGUGAUAAAUAAAAAUAUGCCUCACUGUG